CAAACGGCAAACGAAGGAUCAAGGCGGGUAUCAUGAAGCCCACGUUAAAUGGUGAUAUCCUGAGUGUGCAUGGCUUGAGAUACGAUUGCUUGUUUACUUCGGGCUCCUCUACAAACAGGUCGUGCCUGUCCAGGUCUACACUCUCGCUGUGAAUUAAUAAACAGAACUCAAUGCCCUGGACCGUUCAAUUGGCUCCACAUUGUUGUUGGCGCCUGUAGGCAGUGUCCAUACCCGACCUCUGUUCCCCAUCGCCGUCAUCCGGUCAAAUGAACUUCUCCUUGCGCCCAAACUUUGCCCAAACCCCGUUGUCACUCCUGGAUAUCUAUUAUCAUAUAUUCCACUAGCCAAGGCUUCACGCAAAGCUACCUGUCAACAUGUCGGACGUUCCUAUGUACGUGACGUCGGAGUAUUCCUCCUCGGAACGUCGCAUCACGCCCUCAUGGUCCAUCGCCCAGCUAAAGACCAAGAUGGAGCCUAUCACGGGCAUUCCCCCUUCCUCGCAGCGCAUCACCCUCAAGACCUUGACGGAUGAAACCAUUCCAAUUGAAGCAGCGGACGAGGAGACUACGUAUUUGCAAAAUUACCCUCUGGCACCCUAUGCAGAGUUCCAAAUCACCGACCUGCGACCUCCCUCGGCGAGGCCCAACUUCAACGCCGCUGGCGUGGACAAGUAUGUGAUGCCAGAGGAACAGUACGAGAAAAAGACCGAUUCAGUUCUGGCGUGGAAGAAGGCCCAAAAGCUUGGACGCUUCGACCCCAACGCUCCAAGCCAUGAACAAGCCAAGAUCGCUGCGUUUGCCAAGGAAGUUGAACAACGCGGCAUCGAGGUUGGAAGGCGAUGCAGAGUUGGCCAAGAUGACACAAGAAGGGGCGUGGUCAAGUACGUGGGUGAGGUCAAGGAGAUCCCGGGCAGUAUCGGUGCUUGGAUUGGUGUUCACCUGGACGAGCCAGUGGGCAAGAAUGAUGGAAGUAUUGGAGGAACUCGGUACUGGGGCGAAGAGUCUCAACUCAAGCAUGGCGUCUUCGUCAGGCCGGACCGAGUCGAGGUUGGCGACUUCCCCAUCGUGGACGAUCUCGAAGAUAUGGAGGAGAUUUGAAAUAGUCAACAUUCAUCUACUACCUGCACCGGCCCCCACACUUCGGAACCCCCACCUUCUAGCUACGCCAUUACCGAUAUCCCACCGGUGUGUCCGUUUCGGAUGCACCGAUCAGGCGGAGGGGUGACGGAGAUCCGGGAAGCCGCCGUAUAACGUCAGGUGAUUCUGUCCGGCUUGCUCGUACCUGGACUGCAAGAGUAGCGACAUCCAUGGGUGCUUCUCUAGCUCAAGGCACGCCGGUCGAUGGUCGCCUCUUCUGGACAAGAUAUGGUCAAUUACCUUGGAACCGCCCAACAUUCCUCUCCAUUCCCUCGAUGAGACAUUUUGAUACUGAUUGAUGAAGGACUGAAGAAGUUUAUCUCAAGUUUCCCUUUACGAUACCCUUCCGCCGCCAGUGCGCACCCGGUAGUACAUGGAGUUCACAGACCAUCCGCUCAUUCACAAUGUUGUACACAGCAAGACCCUAGAUGUCGCUUGAUCAAAGCCAACAAAGCCGACUAAAGACGACUUGAAUAAAAAACAAAAGAAAAAAAAGUGCUCCGUCAAUACUGUGGUCUGUGGUUAGCCGAGCCCAUAUUGCGUGACGAUUUCACCGCAUGGAUUCUCGAUGCUCUCGCAAAGCUUUAUGCGAGCAAAGGGUCACUGUCCGUCAACCAAAGUCUUUACCCCUUACAAACAUGCAAUUUACAUCCAUCCAUCCACCUAACUCAACAUUCUCGAACUAUGGGACUUUGGGUCCGCUCCGUUUGUUUCAAGCAGCGACCCGAAGUUUAUCGCCACGUCCUUCGUUGUAUCAGUUUUCAUGUCUGACGACAGUCAGUAUACUAUGCUUACCACUAUGGUAAAUGAUGGGUAAGCGGCUGGCCUCGAUAGGUGAUUAAGCUGCGCCAAUACGUUCCGAGCAAGCCGAAGAUUUUAUGGCAUGACAGAUCAGGCAAAUGAAAAGAGAAACUUGACCGCGUCGAAUUUGACGGCAACGUAUUCCUCGACCAGACUAGACUGGUGAAAACCAAACCGUUCACAAGUCUAUCUCUCAACUUCUCCGGUACAGUCAGCAGAAUGUUGAAUGCGACAAGAAUUACAUUCUCAAACACCUCGCAACUAGCGAUCAGUCAUUCAGAUAUAGAGUUCGGAAGAGGCAAAGCAACGUCUAGCGCUCGAGUUAUUGGAUGAUAGAGGUAGAAAGGGGGACCUGAGCUGUUUGUGGUGUUGAGUCUGCCUGACACCACGCCGGGGUAGUGCCUGCCUUGCGCAGAUAUCGCGAAAUGGUGAGCGCUCAAACCGAUUUUGGUGUCACAGACACG